AUGGACAUCUGGCCGCUGGUCCUCGUGUUCGUCCAGUUCUGCUCCUGCUCGGGUUAUGAAGAAAGAGAAUCUCCUCUGAAAGAAGUGAUUGUUGACGAUGCGGAGGAAAAUAUUUCAGAGAGAGAAGUCAGCUGUGACCCUUCGGUAAAUACGGAAAAGAAAAAAGGAAGAGCCACAAGGAGAGAUUUAAAAGAGGCAGAGAGACCUGUUGAAUCAACCCAGUCCAACCUGGAGGCCUCCACAGAACCUAUGAGAAGCUCCAGCUCACAAUCCAUAAAGAAUAAAGUCUUACUGCCGAAGAACCCAAAGAGUUCUAAAAUACCCCAGGGAGCAUACAAAGGCAAGGAGAACAGCACCAAACAGGUCAAGUCCUCAAAAAACAAAUCUGAAACUGACAAACACGUUAAACAUAAAACCAAAGUAGAUGGCCUAGAAAAUGAGUCAGCCGUUUCCACCGGUGCUUCUCAGAAUAUCAAAAGCAAACCUGUGGACGAGCAGGAAUCAUCUGAAGUUGGCAGCACUGAGCUGAAAGGAAAAAAGAAGGCAAAGGAAUCAAAACCUAAAAUAAAAGAGAAAACAAAGGCGGUGGACGGGGAAGAAAGUGUGAUGAAAGUUAAAGCUGAACAUUACAAAAAACAAAUCAAACCGACAGAAUUCACGCAUAGUGACAUCGAGGAUGGUUUGAAGGACACACCAGUGAAGGUGAGGAGCACGCUAAUUGAGGUUUCCAGUCAAAACUUAACCCAUGACGGUAAACCCAGCGAUCUGGUAGGGGACUUUACGAGCUCGCAGAACAGAAAGCGGACAGAUGGGAUUUCUGUCGCCGGUGGCGAAUCUGAACCACAGGAAGAAGAUUUUCUCAUUUCUUCUGACAAAGAUAGCAAAGAUAGACCAGAAAUCUUAGGGGAUGAUUCUUGGGGUGUGACUGAAGAUAACAAGCCAAGGUUGGAAGAGGUUAUCGCCAGUGCCGUCUCUCUUCUUCCGGCUGCAGCAGCCCUGACCGAUGCCGUGACAAGCGCGAGGGAUUUCCACUCCGACAGCGACACGGCGGCCACUUCUCUGGCAUCGCAGAGAUCCAGUCGAGCCGAACGCUUCACAAAGCAGCGUGCAAUCAUCCAACCUUCCUUCUCCUCUCCAUCACGUUCACUUUCAGCCUCCGAACCAAAUGCGGUGGAGCAGAGCGGGAAGGCCAGCGAUCCACCAGAAUCCGGAAGUGCACAAACAGGAGACAGAAGCAGCAACGCCUCCUGGGAUGACAACCCGAGUGACAGUGCCCCCUUGUCUGUUAUGAGUGACAGGUCACAAGGUCAGACAGAGAUAGGUGAGGGUGAGGGCAGCAAAGGCCAAAAGUCACAGACAGACGAUGAAGACAUUUCACAGACAGAGAGGAGCAGGGACAGCACUGACACGAUGAUUUCCCAUCAAGAUCACGAUAAAGAGGAGGGUGAGGAUAGUGAAAUUAGCAAGGAUCCAGACACAGAAGCAGAAAAUGAGGGAGGAGAACAGGAGGAUGAAGGAGAGGAGGGAGUAAGUGGGAGUGGUGUGGAGGAUGAGGAGGAGAGAAGUGAAGGGAGCGAUGAAAGCGAUGUAGAGGAAGAAGAAAGCAGCAAUUCUGUGAGUGGUGGAAAGGAGGAGGAGGAGGAGGAAACUAGCCAGGGAGAGGAAGGUGAGGAGGGAACAGUGUCUAGCUCUGACGGAGGAGAAGAAGAGGAGAGCGGUGAGAAGAGUUCCGACAGUGAAAGUGAGUCAAAUGUCGAGGAGAAGGAGAGUGAGGAGGGAGAGAGUGACUCUGAAGCAAGCAAAACAGACAAGGAGGAAGAGGAAGGGGGGAGUGCGGAUGAGUCGAGUGAAAGAGACAGUGAAGACGGGGAGGAAGAGGAAAGUGGUGGGGGAUCGGUGAGUGAGAGUGAGGAGGGAUCAGAGAGAGGGGAAGAAGAAGAUGAGCAGGAUGGUGAAGGCUGUGAAGACGCAGAGUCUGGGUCAGGCAGGAGUGAAGAGGAGAACAGUGAGGAGGAGGAAGAGAGGGAGAGCAGAACAGAGGAUGAAGGGGAUGACAAGGACUCAUCCGAAAGCGAGGAGGAGGAGGAGGAGAAAGGGGAGGAAGAAGAUAAGGAGCGAGAGGAAAAGAGCAAUAGAAAAAAGGAGGUGACAGAUGAGGGUGAGGAGGAAGAAAAAGAAAGUGAAGAGGGUGAGGAGGCAGAGGAAGAAGGCAGAGAAGGAAAUGAACGAAAGAAGGAAAAUAUAAAGGGUUAUGAAGAUGCAGGGGUAGAGACUGAUGGUGAUGAUGAGGAGGAGGAAGAGGAAGCAGUUGAUGUAGAGGAAGAUGAAACAAAGACUAACAGUGUUAUGGCAUCAGAGGAUGGUGAAGAUAAGAAAGAAAAUUACAUUAAAGAAGAACGGGAACAUGGGAUGGAACGUCAGAGAGGAGAUCCGGAGGAAGAGGAAAACGCUGAGGGGAAGGGAGGAGAGGAUAAGAGAACAAGUGGCAAGGAUGAGGAGGGAGCUGACAAAAAAGAAGAUGCCAAGGUGGAGAAAGAUGACAUUCAGGAUGAGGGAAAAGAAGAUGAGGAGGGAACGGAUGAAGAUGACGAAGAGGGAGAUGAAGAGGAGGAUGAGGAUGAGGGAGUAGAAGAAGAUGAGGAAGGAGAGGAUGAAGAUGACAAAGAGGGAGAGGAUGAGGAGGGGGAGCACGAAGGAGAAGAAGAGGGGGAGAACGAAGGAGAGGAUGAGGGAGAAGAGGAAGAGGAAGAGGAGGACAAAUUUACAAAUGUUAAUGUAGAAGAAGAGGAAGACGUGGGGGAAGAAGAAGAGGAAGAAGAGGAGGAGGAAGAAGAGGAACAAAAAGCAGAAAAAGAGGAGGAGGGAGAUGAUGAAGAGGAAGAAAAGCAGGAGAAACAAAAAGAAAAGGAAAAUAUAGGGGAAGAAGAAGAGGGGGAAGAAGAAGAGGAAGAAGAGGAGGAGGAAGAAGAGGAACAAAAAGCAGAAAAAGAGGAGAAGGAGGGAGAUGAUGAAGAGGAAGAAAAGCAGGAGAAACAAAAAGAAAAGGAAAAUAUAGGGGAAGAAGAAGAGGGGGAAGAAGAGGAGGAAGAAGAGGAGGAGGAAGAAGAGGAACAAAAAGCAGAAAAAGAGGAAGAAGAGAAGGAGAAGGAGGGAGAUGAUGAAGAAGAAGAAAAACAGGAGAAACAAAAAGAAGAGGAAAAUAAAGAGGAAGAAGAGGAGGAAGAAGAAGAAGGGGAAGAGGAGGAGGAGCAGGGAGAUGAAGAAGAGGAAGAAAAAAACAAGAAACAAAAAGAAGAAAAGGAAACUAAAGAGGAAGAAGAUGAAGAGGAGGAGGAGGAGCAGGGAGAUGAAGAAGAGGAAGAAAAACGGGAGAAACAAAAAGAAAUGGAAAAUAAAGAGGAAGAAGAGGAGGAGGAAGAAGAAGAGGAGGAGGAAGAAGAAGAAGAACAAGAGGACCAAAAAUCAGAAAAAGAAAAUAAAGACGGAGAAGAAGACGAAGAGGAAGAAGAGGGGGAAGAGGAAGAAGAAGAGGUGAAAUCAACCAAAGAGAAAAAAAGAGACGUUCAGAGUUUGCCUCCUAAAGUCAUUCUCAGAGAGGAUAAAGAAAAGCAGCAGCGAGAAAAACCUCAACCAGCUGCCAGAACUAAACUGCAGACUUCAGGGCGGAAACAAGGUGGCGGCUCUCCGGACUCCCAACAGUUCUGGAACAAUGUUCUGCCUCAGUAUCUGGACCUACAGUGA